UAUUUACUAUACCUAAUUCUCCACUGUCUUCUUUUCUUGUUGAUUUCUUUGUUCUGAAUUUAAGUACAGAAUCGACGUCUGCACAAUCAGAAGCUGCUAAAUCAUACAUUCUCCAUACUAAGAAACAGAAAGAGCUUCUUCAGUCACUGGAAAUGUCAACCAAGAUGAAGGGACUUCUAAAAGGUCUAAGAUACAUUUCUCAGAUAUUUGAUAAUAAUGGUAAAGAGCAGCAGGAAAUGGAGAUUGGUUAUCCCACAGAUGUAAAGCAUGUAGCACACAUAGGAUGGGAUGGUCCAUCCAUAGAGUCACCCAGCUGGAUGAAUGAGUUUAGGCCAGAAUCAGAACUUCCAUCAGCAUCACCAGUUAAUGGAGUUGCUGAAAGCAAAGCUAAAGAUUUACAUCAGACAGGUGCUAGAGAUAUACCGGACUUACCAAAACCAUCGAGACGGCAACCAUUCCUUGGUUCUCCUUCAUCAGUCAACAACUCACCAAGCAUAGAUCAGCCAAAGCAAGCAAGGCGUCACCAGUCCACAACCGCAGUUUCAAUUAGUUCCCCUUCACGAGAUGUCACCGUAUCAUCCAGAUCAUCAAGGCGAGCCCAGAACGCCAGUAUGGAUUCAUCCUUGCCAGACCAGCCAGCUGAUCCAAAAAAGUCUCGUCGUAGGAAGUCCAAGGAAUCAUCAGGUGGUGGUGGAUCAACUAGGCCUUCUAGAUCCAAAGCCCCGUCUACCACAAUUUAUACUUCUCCCUUCUCUGAUCCUGGAUCUGGAGGCGUUGGCGAAUUGAACAGUGACAUUGGUCCAAAGUCACCAUUAAAACGCUUGGGUAAUGGGGAAGGAGAGAGAGGAGGUCAUGGAAUUUCUUGAGAAAUUCAUGAUUAGUAAAGCAGAAAAGGUCUACUGUAAUUUUUCAUGGCAGCUUUUUUUUCUUUCUCACUUAUUCUUCCAA